AUGCAUGUGGUACCAAAGGCGUGCGAUGAUAUGAUGCAGGUGGGGCGAUUGCAAAAUUUUGAUGGCAAUCUAAAUGCGCAGGGAAAAUUGAUCUACCAGGGGACUGUGGCAAUCUCAGACAAUGCCCCAUCGCAGCCUUUCAAAGGAAAAGAUAGGCGAAUAUUUCUUUUCGAGCAAUCUGCAAUCAUCGCUGACUGUAUUUUGCCGAAGAAAGAGUUUGGCAAUCCUACUUACAUCUUCAAGAGCCAGAUUAUGGUCAACAAGGUAUGUUAA